GGGACGCUAGUUUUGUGCGCUGCUGCACCGUAUUAAACGAGUAACGGGUUCUAAAACGUGAUUGUGUUGAUGUUGUGUAGCUAGUACGUUCCUUUCGUGUAUGUUGAUGAUAUGACGGGACGAAUGCAUGUCAAAGUGGCAUGAGUGAUCGUUUUUUACGGAUUUUGACUUAGACCCUAGAUCCCUGACAUGCAUGACAUUAUUAAGAGUAGACGCUGAAACAGACUUCAGUAAAAAGCUAGGAGCUAGGACCUCUCCUCUACCAGAGUACCACCACCAAGUCUCCAGAAACCCCAACACCACCCAAACAUCAUCAUGACCACUCACGAGCGACACGUGAACUGCCCCACAAGCCUGUGCACCAGAAUUGCCAUGGAGUUCAACAACAAAGAACUGAGCGAUGUCAAGUUGACUGUCGGAGACAAGGAGUUCUUCGCUCACCGCAUGAUACUCGCCAGCCAGAGCGAAAUGUUCCGCAUCAUGUUCAUGGGGUCCCAGUGGGUGGAGUCCACUCAGGCGAACAUCUCUCUGACGGAGACAAAAGAGAGCGAGGGCGUCUUCCACGAGUUUCUGAGUUUCUUCUAUUCGGCGAGGAUUCACCUGACGAAGGACAAUAUUGUGGCGGUGAGGAUAUUGGCCGACAAGUAUCAACACAUCCAACUCGAGAAAGAAUGUGACCGUUUCAUCGCCCGAAUCAUCAGUCAAGACGACACCCACACCAUCGUCACCUGGCUGGUCUCUAUCAAGAAUCUCGGAGAGAAGCUGGAGCAGCGCUGCUUGAACAAGCUCCAGAUGGAGUUCCUCAAAUUGAUGACGUCGGAGGAAUCUCGCGCACUGCUGAACCUGGAACUGCUCCUCAAGAUCGUCGAGAGCGACAACGUGCUUGUCUGCAACGAGCAGUUGCUCUUCAACCUUGUCGCAACUUGGAUAAUGGAGAAGCGCCAUACGUCGAGCCAGAAGAGCGCCAUCACAAAGUUACUGCCGCACAUCAGAUUCUCUCACAUGACAAUCCCGGAGCUUGCAAAGGUUGAGAAGUCACCCCUGGGGAUCAAAUACCCAGAGAUGAUCAUCAGGCACAUGUUUGAAGCGUACAAGAGUCGUGCGCAGAAUGCCAACCUCCGGGACAAAGCGGACGGUGAUGUCAAGGAAGAAUUAGAGCCCAUGGACUCUAUCCUACCCCGCAUGUACACAGAUUCUCCGUGGGGAGCCGGCUACACCAAAGACAGCGACACCUUCCUAAGCAGUGAAUUUGACUACAUGAGUUUCACCUGCCCAGUGGUGGACAGAAAAAUCCGACCGUGCACCAUCUCAAAGAUGCCACAAUCCUGGACAGUGUCCUACAAGAAAGAGGUCAAGUCGUACAUUGAGUCCGAAGACCAGGUCAUCAACCGAAAGCUGGUCACACACGACAUGAAUUUCAAGUAUAAGUUCGGCGAGGAACAGAGGAACUACGAAAUCGUCAUCAUCACGGGCUACAUCCCCAAGGAGGAAGAAGGGGUGACGGCUGGUUUCCAGAUGAUAAGCACGAGGAGACACCACGGCACCAUCAAGAAGAUCAGCAACAAGACGCAAAAUCGCCGGAAGAUUCGUCUGACCGAGGUUCACAAGCCGGCACUUCUGGCCGGUAGUGAGUAUGUGUUUUCACUCGGUAUUUACAUGCAGGACAGCUACAAAGAAUAAUCAACACUUUUGUCGGGUCAGUGGUAUUAAGGUCAUUAGUUGUUAUUUCAUACUCCUUAACGGUGGCUAAGUGAAAAAUGCGCUUGUGUCCUACAAAGAAGUACCCAAACCCCUUCAUAAUAGGAUCAAAAUUUGUGAACAUUUUUGUAAAUUGUAAAAUAUUUUCGCGAAAACCACCGUUUUACCGACCCAACCCAAACAAUUUAUGCUAGAAAGUAGAGCUGUAGUGGUAUUUGUCUUGCCAUUACAAAGAUAAAUCAGUAUUUGACUUGUUCAUUGAAUAACAAUCCUGAAGUUUUUAUACACGAAAAAAUUGAAUCAGAGUUUUAAAAUUAUUACAAACAGAAUGUUUCCACUUUUCCUUAUAUUUGUAGAUUUUAUGCAACUUGAUUCUAGCUUUUUCUGUGGGCUGCUUUUUAUCUUUAAAUGUUUACAUCAGGUCCCUGAAUCCAAGUUAAAAACAACUAAUAAUAAUAAUAAUAGUUUGUUAGGGAGUCAGACAAAUCAGAGUUUAAACAAAUUAUUACAAAUAGCACUAUUCUAUUGAUCCUUAUUUUUGUAGUUCUUUCAUACGUAACUUGAUUCUAGCUUUUGCUAAUGGGCCGCUUUUUAUCUUUUUAAAGUUUUCAUCAGGCCCCUGAGUCCAAGUAAUACAAAAAAUAAGUUGUAAAGAGUGCUAUGGGUCAUUACUAGUUGUAGACAUUUUUCAGGUUGAGCGUAGCUAGGCUUAAAUUGUAUACUGUAAAAUAUUGCCAACUUUAGACCCCCCCCCAAAAAAAAAGUAAAAAUUUAUUGGAAGAUGUUUUCAAUUGUUAUCUUUUUUAUAUUCAAUAAUUAGAACCAGGUAGAGUUUUGAAAAAAAUGUUAUUUUGAUGCUAGGGGUCUCUUUGCAUCAUUGUGAUGGGAAAAAUUGUUGUGAAGGAGUAUUUUUGAAGUUGAAGUAUUUUUUUGUGAAAUAAAAAUAAUCCUUUUUUGCUUUUUUAAAACCAAACAAGGCAAAUUAUUAGACCUUUUAAUACCUUUUAAAAACAAAACAAUAACCAGGUUAAUGUUGAUGUUUAAGACAUUUUAUUGGUGGAUUCUAUAGAUAAGUGCAAACACCAAUCAACAAAAAAUAAUAUAUGUAAACUUCUCAUUCUUUUUGCAAAAACUUCAAUAUUUUAAUAUUUUUUAAUAUUCAAGGUUCAUUCAUUGCAUUGUCAAUCAUUGCUAACAAUUUGUUUUGAAUUUCCAAUAAGAACCCUUUUUAAAGUUCUUAAUCGUGACAAUUUGUUACCGACUACAUUGUAUGUGUAUUGCAUUUCAUAAUUCAUUAAUAGCUAAAAAACUACGUCUGUUAAAUCGUUGCGGUGUCCUCUGCUAAACAAAUAGGGAUUCUAGCUACCAAGCAAUCUCGGUGGUCUAGUUGGUAGGACACUACUCUAGAAUUUCAAAGAUCGUUGGUUCAACAAUGAUAUACCUGUGAUAUUUUAAAGAACUUGGAAAAGUACUGAG